AUGAUGCUCUUUGGCCUAUUCUGCCUCCUCAGCAUGAGAAUGAUUCUUAGUGUGGCUAUUGUGGCCAUGACUAAGACAAACAACAUUACUCUUGACGAUGGUACAGUUGUUGAGGAGCAAGAAUUCGAAUGGAACUCCAAACAGCAAGGACUUAUCUUGAGUUCCUUCUUCUAUGGCUACAUGGCAACUCAACUUUUCACUGGAUUUCUCUCUGCUCGAUUUGGAGGUCAUGUGGAAAGUCCGAAGAAUGAUCCCUUCAUAACGGAAAUAGAGAAGACAUACAUUCUGUCAAGUAUUGGUGAAAAUAUCUUCAACUACAACUUGGAUACCACAGGGAUAUUGUCUUCAAUCCCAUACAUAGCGUUGGCUAGCCUACUUUCUGUUGCAGGAUACUUUGCAGACUGGCUACAAGUCAAAGGUUACCUAACAACUGAGCAAGUUCGACGCUACUUCAACUCCGUUACCUUCACAAUUCAAAUGAUUUUUAUGAUACUCGUUGCAUUUAGUACGAAUCCAAUUUUAACUGUCGUAUACUUAACUUUAGCAGUUGGAGUUGAUGCCUUUCCUUGGUCAGGAUAUGCAAUAAAUGCUCUUGAUUUAGCACCCUCCCACGCAGCCAUCAUUAAGGCUAUAGGUAUAACUUUUGGUGGAUUUGGGGGGGUUUUAAGUUCACAUUUGGUAGGCUACAUUGUAACGGAUAAGAGUCGUGAGCAAUGGCAAAUUGUGUUCUUUAUAACAGCUGGAAUUUAUUUAUUUGGAGCAGUAGUUUCAUGGUAUUUUGUUAAGGGAUCUAUUCAACCGUGGGCUAGGAUAGAUCUUGAAGAUAUGAAGAAGAGAAAUGAACAGACUGAUAUUAAAAGUUUUUAA